AAUGUGUCUGUUGCUGUAAGCUUUUCACGGAUCUUUGUGAAAACUUCUCUUUCUUCGGCACCCCAUCUCCAUGGUGCACCUUUCCUGCGCAGACUGUUCAACGGCGCUGCCAACGUAGCUAAUCUAGGGAUGAAUUUCCCAUAGUACUGUAUCAUGCCUAGGUAAGACUCUAAUUCUUUUAUAUUCCUAGGCUCUGGCAUGUUCAGUAUCGCUUUUAAUUUACUAGGAGAAGGUCUAAUGCCCUUUUCAUCGACCACGUGGCAAGCAUCAGAAAGAUCAACUUUUGAAAACUUUUUGCCGCCAUGUAACAUGUGAAACAAAUCGUCUGGCUUGGGUAAUGGGUACUGAUUGAUAUCUAGUUGCGGGUUCACCGUGACCUUAUAGUCACCACAAAUCCUUAUUUUCCCGCCUGGUUUGGGCACAACCACCAACGGUGUGGCCCAUUUACUAUGUUCCACUCUUCUUAUUAUUCCUUUUAGCACCAUUUCUUCCAAUUUAGCCUCGACUUUGGGCCUCAACGCAAUAGGUAUUGGCCUAGCUCUGAAGAACUUAGGCACUACUACAUCACUUUUGAAUUUCAACUCUGCUCGUGCAGUCGAGCACUUGCCCAAAUCAUCUUGGAACAACCUCUUGUUGUUAUCCAGUAUACGCACAAUUUCUCUCUUGAUUUCUAUAUUGGGCAUUUGUUUAACCUUGUGA